UUGUAAUAAUGGAAUUCAGAGAUAAAUAAAGCAUCGAAACGCGCAUGUAAUGUACAGUUAACGAUAUCCGCUUUACAGAUUAUUGUAGUUGCGACGACGUCACCGACUUUUGACAUGAGGUUGCUUUCGAAUCUCGUCGUAAAUGCAUACAAACAUCUGACAAUAGGUGGCAACCUGCCAGUCUGUUCUGCUAGUUUAAGGAAAAUGGCGACUGAGGUGGAGAAGGCACAGUCGGCUGUGCCAAAAGCUGAUACGAUAUUUGGAAAAAUAUUACGUAAAGAAAUCCCGUGCAACUUUAUUUACGAGGACAGCCAGUGCGUCGCAUUUGAUGAUAUAAAUGCUCAAGCACCAGUACACUUUCUGGUGAUUCCACGAAAGCCAAUUUCGCAACUCUCCAAAGCUCAAGAUGAAGAUGAACCUUUGCUUGGUCACCUGAUGAAUGUCGCUCAUAAAGUAGCACAGCAAAAAGGUUUGACGAAUGGGUUUCGUUUAGUCAUCAACGAUGGAAAACAUGGUGCACAGUCAGUGUAUCAUUUGCAUCUACAUGUUCUUGGCGGUCGGCAGUUGCAGUGGCCUCCUGGCUAACAUAUUUAUACAUUUAAAUGUAUAAACCUUGAUUUUCAUUAUGAAGUCUUUACUUUCUGUGAAUAAAGUGUUGAAAGUAUAUGGUU